AUGGACAAUUUCCAACAUAGUGAUCUUCUUGCCCUCGAGACGGCGUUAGGUGAGGAAAGCCGGGAUCCAAUAGCCAUUCCUAUCUCCGUUUUGAAGGCCAUCACAAACAAUUUCUCUGAUGCUCAAGAAAUCGGUUGCGGUGGGUUUGAAACGGUUUACAAGGGUACGCUUGGAAAUGGGAUGGUUGUUGCCGUGAAGAAGCUCCACGAAAAUGUAGGAGUUCUUUCUAAAAAUUUCAAUAGUGAGGUCGAUUGUCUUAUAGAGGUCAAGCACAAAAAUAUAGUGCAGUUCCUGGGGUACUGUUCGGAUACGCAAAAGGUACUAAGGUCGUUUCAAGGAAAAAAUGUCUGGGCAGAAGAACGGCAGAAGUUAUUAUGCUUCGAGUACCUAAGUAAAGGGAGCCUUGCAGACUAUCUCACUGGGCCAUCUUGCGGACUUCGGUGGUGCACACGGUAUCGAAUAAUCAGGGGGAUCUGUGAAGGCUUGCAUUAUCUUCACCACCACCACCAACCUAUUAUUCACUUGGAUCUCAAACCUCAGAAUAUAUUAUUGGACGAUAAUAUGGUGGCUAAAAUAGCGGAUUUUGGUCUAUCAAGGCGCUUAAGUGCAAGGCAAAGUCGAAUUCUAACCAAAAACAUAGCUGGGACACCGGGAUAUUUCGCUCCGGAAUUUAUAAAUAGCGGAGUAAUCACAAUGAAGAUGGACAUAUAUAGUCUAGGGGUGCUGGAAAGUUGGACAGACACGUUUGGGUCAUUACAGAGCCAUACACUAUUUGAACAAGUAAAAGUAUGUGCUGAAAUAGGGAUAAAUUGCAUAAAUUAUAACCCAGAGAACAGGCCUACUAUAGAUGAUAUUAUCCAUAGACUUGAGGAAAUGGAUCUCUCAAACUCGUCUCCUGGAAGUAUCGCAAGUACUUCAUCCACUCCGCUCAGUGGAGUAAAUAUCUACCCUCUCAAGCUAUGCUUUCCGUUCGAGACAGAAAAGCGUAUCGAUUGCCCGCUGAGCAUAACUAACAUAACAGAUCGUUAUGUAAACUAUUGGGUUGUACCGCAGUUCCCCAAUAUGUAUACUCCUUGUAAGCACGAACUUGUGAACGAAAUCCGUACUGGAACCAACAAUCUGGACCCAAUGUCAACUGGCUCUUUCAAUGUGACAAUGCUCGAGCAACAACAACCGCCACUGGACGCAGGCAUGUUUGAGAUAGUGAUGAUUGCCAUGGGGAGCAGGAGUGACCUUAAAAAGUUGAAGUCAUCCAUUGGAGAUGAGCCUAAAAUUGAUGGUGAAUUAUUGAAGCGAGUCGAAGAGGUAGGGGGCGAGGUGCAUACAGCAAUGCUGAGGGCUGUCAUCAGCCUACCAAGUGAGGGGGGAGUGGCCCCCAAGAUCGUCUCAGGUGAGGAAUUUAUGGAUCUCAGAUCGAUAGAUGUGCAUCCCACACAGCCCUGGAUUUUGGUGGGUCAUGACAAGCAUCUUACCAUCUGGGACUACAAGAAGCAGGCAACAGUGGCUGCAUUGGAUGUCGUGGGGGCAACAAUGGUUUAUUCGGUUAGGUUCAUCCCUCAACGCCAUUGGUUUGUAGCCGGGGAUGAUAGUGGACACAUUCACGUGUACUCAUGUGUUACAAAGAAAGAAGUUAAGAGAUUCCAAGCUAGAGAUGGUGAUAGCUCUUAUGUAAUAUCACUGGCGAUUCACCCUACCUGUUCGUACCUGCUAUCUGCGUGUACAGACGGCGUGGUCAAGCUGUGGGACUGGGACAGUGGCUGGGAAUGUAUUCGAACAGUUCACUCAACUGCAGGUUGGAUGCAAGUUAAGUUUAAUCCCAAGAACACGGACACCUUUACUAGUUGUUGCACAAAGGGCGCAAUGAGAAUGAAGUCAAUUUAUCCGUCCGAUGAGCCUAUCGCAGGAAUAGACCAAUAUUCGUCGAGCCUCUGUGAUCACGCUUUCACCGAGGGUGAUCAGAACCAUGUGGUUAUGCUCAUCCAUGGUAUUGGUCUACAGAUAUGGGAUCUGGAGACAAAGACACAUGUUCACACACUUCGUGGGACGAAACGGUUGGUUCGUGCACCAGCUUGCCACCCAAAGCUUCCAUUAAUAGCCGUAGGAAUCAAGGAGGAAGAUCCUGAGCACGCGGCUGUCCGCUUCUGGAACUCAACUAACUACAGGCCCGUGUUCCUCAACCUCAUCACAAAGACACUUAUUUGA